AUGGUUUCAAUAUCCAAAUUAUUACAAGGCGGACUCUUAAUAAUCGGUCAAUCCGCCUAUCAUUUAGCCACCCCCGAACAAGCGUCGGUUGAUAACUGCAAUAUAAUUAGAUUCUUAGGUGGGUCGGCCCCUUAUAUACAACACCCGGGAUAUGGCAUCUCAUCCGACAUUCCUUCGAUUUGUGGAUUGGAACAAGGACAAUUGGCAUUUUUGAAUGAUUAUGAUUAUUUCGCAAAGGACGAAUCUCAAUUUGGAUUGGAAACUACUGAUGAAAAUUCCCAGGGUCCUUUCGCUGGGACGAGAGAUUUGUUCAGACAUGGAGCAUAUUUCAGAUCUAGAUAUAAUGAUCUAUAUAAUCUGAGUUAUACCUUGCCGGUCUUUACUACCAAUUCUAAUCGAGUACAUAAAUCAGCUGAGUGCUUCGUCAAAGGCUUCUUAGGUGAUGAAUAUGGAACUGACAAAAUCAAGUUCAAUAUCUUGGCCAAAGACCCUUCGCUUGGAGCUAAUACAUUAACCCCGAGAUAUGCUUGUGCUAAUUACGAUAUAGCAGCUAAUUCAAAAUUACUUCACAAUCGGAAUGAUCAAUUUCUAUACGAUAUUCUUGAGCGGAUUACAAAAGAUAAUAAUGAUAUCAAAUUAACCAAACAUGAUAUUAUAAAUCUAUUCGAUUGGUGUGCUUAUGAAAUCAACGUAACUGGACAAUCACCCGUCUGUGAUUUAUUCACCAAUGAUGACUUAGUUGCAUAUGCUUAUUACAAGGAUUUGGGUAAAUUCUAUACUUCGGGUCCGGGGAAUAACAUGUCUACGGUAAUAGGUUCGGUGUUAUUGAAUGCUUCAUUGGUUUUAUUAGAAGAUACCGAGGCUGAUAAUAAGAUUUGGUUGAAUUUUAUUCAUGAUACAGAUAUUGAUCAUUAUAUGAGUGCCUUGGGGAUAUUUACACCGGAAUAUCCCUUGCCUGUUGAUGAGAUCUUAUUUGAUAGAAAGUUUGUACAUGCUAAUUUAGUUCCACAAGGUGCAAGAUUAUAUACUGAGAAGUAUAAUUGUGAUGGUGAUUCAUAUGUGAGAUUUGUGCUUAAUGAUGCUGUUAUUCCGAUUCCUGGUUGUAAUAAUGGCCCUGGAUUCUCUUGUGGAUUUGAUGACUUCCGUAGCUUUAUCAAACAGAGAUUAGAGAGGAUUGACUAUAUAGAGGAAUGUGGAGUUCCAGCAAAUGUUAGUCAAAGUUUAACAUUUUAUUGGGAUUUUAAGACUAAAAACUACACUGCUCCUUUUGAAGUAUAG